CUUAAAGUAACUUGCAAUCAUUUGUGUUUUUCUCGUAAUGAUUUCAAUUGUGCAUGCUCCUAUUUGGGUACAUGUGAAUCUAAUUCUGUAAUUUCUCCGUUCUCAUUGUCACCAUGAGCACCGGCGUUUCGAGAAUUAUAAUUCCGAGCAAUGUUCGGAAAACGAUUGACGAUAUAAAGGAGAUCGCCGCCGGCAAGCACACCGAUGAAGACAUCUACGCGAUGCUUAAGGAAUGCAAUAUGGAUCCCAAUGAUACCGCUCAGAAGCUUUUAUAUCUCGAUACUUUUCAUGAGGUGAAAAAGAAACGAGACAGAAAGAAAACAAAAGCCAGCAGCCAAACUUCUGACGAUUACAGGUGGAUGUCAGGCAUGCAGAGAAGGGCUAGGGAUGGUCGUGAGAUAAUUUCUGCAAAUUACAUCACUGAUAGUAAAUAUGGGACUUCAACCUGGGAUGCCAAUGGCAGAAGAUACAUUAAGAAAGAAAAUGGAGUCAAUAGUUCGAAGGAUAGAAUUUCUAAGGCCUCCAUGCCACCUGCACGUAAAACAGAAGAUGCUAGUAUACAUCCUAGCAAAGAAUUUGCUGUUGAGGUUGCUGGAGAUGAUCCUAGUCAUGUCAGUAGGGUUACUUCAUUUGUUAAUGUAAAUAAGUUGGCAAAAGUUUCAACUGUACCUCCUAAUUUAAUAAAUCAUCAUCUGAACUUGGAUCCUGGCCCCACUCCUACCCCCACCCCCACCUUUGCACCUGGAACCAGAUUUAAAGAUAAAGUUUUCAUAUCGAUACCUAAUGAGCUUGUGAAAAGCACAACUUCAGCAUCAGUUUCUGGUGUCUACUCUUCUUCAUCGGAUCCUGUGCUAGUGCCAGCCUUGAACCCACGAAAUCCAGGAACAGUUGGUACGAUAAAACGUGAGAUAGGUGGCCAGCGCACUGUUACCGACUACACUGUGUCUCCUGCGAAUAAGAGAACAUCAGAUGCUUGUCAAGAUGCUCCCCAAAAUACUAAUGCAGUCACUAGAACUGUAAACUACAUAAACACAACAGGGCCAAAAGAAUCCUGGGGAGUUUCAGUCACUGCCAUACAACCAGUUGCAAAUCAUGAAAGUCAGCAUUCCAAACAAGUUAAAGGUCAUUCAGGAGUAUUGCCAUCUCAGGCAGCAGCUGUUGCAAAGGGAGAAAAUUUACCAUCAGUUUCUAAACCAAAUUCUUCUGUGGAACAAGCAGUUCCACAGCUUGACAUGAAGUUAGAGAAGUUAAAUGUCUCUGCCCGUUGUCAACCUGUUAUUUUUCCGAAUAAUCUUCAAGUACCUGAAUCUUUUAGGAGUGGAUUGACUUUCGGUAGUUUGGAUCCUCAAUUGGAUCAAAGCAUAAGCUGUGGCAAAGACUCAAUGCCUGUGGAGACUGUUCCAGCUAAUGAUACUACUUCCAUGGAACCUGGGAGCUACGAAGAUGCAUCUUCAGCAGCUCAGAGAGGUGAUUAUCCUGACAAUCUGCUGUCGCACCAACAUGGAUCUGAAAAUAUAUCACCUUUUGAAGUAUCUGGUGCUUCUCCAGUGUAUGAUCCGUCAAAGUCAGAGAAAUGUCCACCUUCUGCAGGUUCACAAUUGCCACUUCUCCAGACUCCUCCUGAUUAUAGCUUGGGUUUUGUACCACCCAUGCUUGGGCCCCAUCUUGUGUGUAUUGAGGGACCAGAACAGCAGGCAUGUCAUUGUGUCCCUAAAACAUCUCUACUUCCCAUAUUUCAUUCGAAAGGCUUUCUUUUCCCUUGGUCCAGUCUGUGCUGUCAAAAUGAAUAUUUAGGUGGGAAUUCUCAAGCUCCUUCAACAUUGGGCUCUAAUCAACCUGUGGCUCAACCCAUAGGCCUUGGGCAGAGUUCUGUCAGCGUUCCUUCACAUUUGUUUCCUUUAGUACGCCAACCAUUUCCUCCUAAUUAUAUGCCGUAUAACCCUUACAUUCCCCACCUUUACAUGCCACAGAGUGCCCACCAGUUUUUGGGCCCGAGUGGAUUCCCUCAGCAGCCUUCUCCUGCCAACUUUUAUAUGUCACCAUCAGUUACUGCUGCUGGUGUCAAAUUACCACUUCAAUCCCUAUACAAACCAGCAGCUAUUGCUGGAAACACGAACCACUUUGGCAUCCCUACUGGCUACAGUUCAUAUGGGUCAUCAACUGUCUCAUACAGUGGAACUCCAGCUCUAGUUUGUUCUGCUAGCAAUGAAAAUCUCACUACACCUGAUCUGAAAGAAAAGAAUGUCUAUUCCAUGCACAAGCAGAAUGAAGGUUCCCAUUACAGAAACUCUGCACCUGGACGUGAUCAAUCAAUGCUUCAGACCAAUUAUUUUUACAACAUCCCUCAGGACCAGCACGUUGCUGUUGCACCAGCACAUUCUUCCAAUAACUCUUAUCUUGGAAUUAAUGCAUCUCAGACAAUAGUUGCACAAUCUAAUGCUCAACCCCUAGCCCAGCAACCUCAAACUGUUGCCAGAUCAGGUGAUUCUGGCCUUCCUACAUCUGGUGCUUUUCAACAACCUCAAGCUAAUAUUCAUUGGAAUAACAAAUUGCUGAAUAGAGAAAACGUCUAAGAAUAAAGACCAUAGAUAUGUUUACUGUUUACAUCACCCAAGUAUGUAGUAUAGACAUUACUGAUAGAUCAAAGCCGUUCCCUUAAGUGUACAUUAGAUGUGGCUAGAAACUAGGCACUCUCAGUGAGAUUAUGUUGGAAUGUUGGCUUCUCAACCUUUCGUUCUAAGAUAAAGUUUCUUGCUUUUGAUAGUUAGCCAUUAGCUUUCCUCAAUUCCCUGAUCUUUUCUAGGCUGGAGAAGUUUUUGAUGUUUGAGUGGAGCUGGUGAAGAUACCAAUUCUUUCCAUUUCUCUUUCUAGCUUGUAUAUCAACUUUUGACAGCAAAAAGAUACUAUUACAUCUUGAAAGGCUUGAC